AUGUCGUCUCAACACAGCUUCAUCGCACAUUCGGCUCCCUGGGUCCACAGCUCAGGCGCCAUGACGCCCUCGCGCCUCCGCUCCCUAUCUCCCAUGCCCAAGAACCAUGUCACCCGCUCCAUCUCCACACCCCAGCUCGCAAAAACUGCCCAGUCGCAGUCGCAGUCGGAAGCCGAGAGCGAAGGCAUCAACACGAUUCCCGACCCACGCUCAGCGACUCCUCAACCCUCCCUUUUGCGCCAUGACUCGAACGACUCCCAUCCCGACUUUAGUCAGGAGGUGUCAACCCUUAGCACCAAGCUCAUCAACGCCAUCAACCACUCCACCAUGCUAGACGACUCGUUGCAGCAGGCUAGGCACGAGCUGGAAGCUGCGAGGGAAAGGCUUAUGCGCCUGGAAGCCCAGGUCAGGGAGCAUGAAGACAAGAUUGCAAAGGGUCUCUUGGUCGAAAAGGUGGUCUAUGACAAGAUGGAGAAGCAAAUGACCAACGAGCUGAAAGAAGAGCGCAAGCGGAGGGCCCAGGCCGAAGCUGCCAAGCGCAAGACGGACAGCGAGGUCGAGGCUUUGACAGCUGCUUUGUUUGAGGAAGCCAAUGUGAUGGUUGCAGCCGCACGUAAAGAAACCGAGGCUUCCGAGAAGCGCGGCGAACAGCUGCGACAGCAACUGGGCGACGCAGAGGUGCUCCAGCAUUCUCUCCAGGACCAGCUGCAAGAUCUCAAAGGCGUUGUGGAGAAGAUGAGCUCACAUGGCGACGACAACGAAAGCCAUGUUCUGACAACCACCACUACUCCUUCGACACCAGGCCUUUCACCCGCGGACAAGAUGAGCAAACUAUUCGAAGCCAUGAACCUAACACCCAGCACGCCUGGAUCGGACGAAAUCAGCCCGGACCAUCCACUACACUUUUCGCAUCUGAUCCAUCCCGUACUCCGCUCCGACCUGACAGCAUUCAAGGAAUUCCAAGACAUGCUCAAGAUUAGUGCUCGCUCAGCCCCAGCAAGUCGCGCCUCGAGCGGUAACUAUGGCAGCCUUACUGUCCUCGGACUUGGUUCCCUGACCAACAGUUCGACCACCUCCCUGCCGUCCAAAUCAUCCAUAUCGAUCAACAAUUCUCCCCGCGACAACGUUUCCACUGCCGGAAUGCCCAAUUUAAAGGACGACAAGUUUUACAAGCGCGCUCUGGUAGAAGACAUUGAACCAACAUUGCGUUUGGAUCUCGCACCUGGAUUAUCAUGGAUGGCACGUCGAACAGUUCUCAGCAGCAUCAGUGCCGGUUCUCUGGUUGUUGAGCCCAAUCCCACGCCUACGUCGAGAUUCCGAGUUCCAAUCUUCCCCUGUUCGCUCUGUGGAGAGUCAAGGGCGGGUGAGCAGUAUGCUCGCAAGUUUCGAUUCAAGCCAUCCGACACGGAGGAUGCUCAGCGCUACCCGCUAUGCGACUAUUGCUUAGGCCGAGUCCGUGCCACAUGCGACUAUAUUGGCUUCUUGCGCAUGGUCGCUGCUGGCCACUGGCGGGCUGAAACGGACGAAGAGAGGAAAUCUGCUUGGGAAGAGAGCGUUCGCCUACGCGAGCGCAUGUUCUGGACGAGAAUCGGAGGCGGUGUUGUUCCGUCUUUUGUUCCUCUGCGCGAUAGUCCCAGGAGUCCAACAUUUACCAACAGCGACACCUCGCUUGAGCAGAGAAUGAGCGAAGAGAGCGAAGUAUCUUUCGAACCUAGAGAUAUCACGGUCAAUGGCCCAGCGACCGCAAACGAGCCAAGCAAGAGCAACGAAGAUCCGUUUCAGAGUAAAGGAGAUGAAACACUGAAGCGAAUUUCCAUAGGCAAGACUGUCAUUUCGGCGGAUGUCAGCGGAAAUGCAGACCUUGACUCCAAGUCGACCCCAAGUCAGCAUGCGGAAGAUAACGCUGAGCCAACGCCUGCUUCGAGCCAAAACGAAGAAGAAAAGAUUGAGCAACAAGCCGAAGCUCAACUCCAGAAAGAGUUUCGCAAAUCGCUCGACACAAGAUGGGCCACCGAGCAGCCGCCGCUACGACGUCAGCGAUCGUCAUCCAUUCCUCCUCCCCCGAUUCAGGUCCGGAAAAAGGAGGACCGACUAAGUUUGAGGAUUCCUGGCUCCAUGCCGGGGGCUUUUGAGUAG